ACAUACAAAUUUCCAAGAACAGAUUCAUAAUUUCAUACUUCUCUCAAGAAUUCCUAUUUCUAAGAUCAUCUUUCCAUGCAUCUACAGAUUCAUCUUCCACAGUCGUAGAAAUGGAAUCAAACAAGCCAACAGAUGAACCGGAGAAGGAAAUGUUGCAUAAGAUCAAGAUGAUUCACUUCUUAGGCCGCUCAACUCCGAUCAUUCUUCAGAACGACAAUGGACCGUGUCCUCUCCUCGCAAUCUGUAAUGUUUUGUUGUUGAAGAAUAAUUUGAACUUGAGUUUAAGUCAGGAUGUAACGGAAGUUCGUCAGGAACAGUUGCUUCAACUAGUUGCUGAACGGUUAAUUGAUUCAAACAGUAAUGUUAAUGAUAAAGAUGCAGGGUAUGUUGAAAAUCAACAACAGAACAUCUCUGAUGCUAUCGAUUUACUUCAUCGAUUAGCAACUGGUAUUGAUGUGAAUCUAAGAUUUAGAAGGAUAGAUGAUUUUGAAUUUACCUGCGAGUGCACAAUAUUUGAUCUGUUGGAUAUUCCGUUGUAUCAUGGUUGGAUAGUUGAUCCUCAGGACAUUGAUACCGCAGAUGCAAUAGGCUCAAAGUCAUAUAACACCCUUGUGGAGGAGCUUGUUGACCUUGAUGAUUCAGUUGAAGUUGCUGCCACUACAGCAGCAACUAUGGGUGUUCCUUCACCAUCCCUUUCUAGAGAAACAUCUUUUGACAAUUCUUCUGACCCUGUCUUUGAUCACCAUCAAAUGAGAAAAGGAGAUAAGGAGGAAGAAGAAGAGUUGUCGAGAGUCUUGAGAUUAUCAAAGUGUUCUGAACCUUCAAAUGAUGCACCCGUUUCAAGUAACGAUGGAGAGAAUGUGGCCACUGGUUUCAAUGAAAGCACAUGUUUGAAGAAGUCUGAACCUUCCGAUGAUGUACUAGUUUCAAGUCACAAUGGAGAGAGUGUGGCGACUGGCUUCAAUGAAAUCACGUGUUUGAAGAAGUCUGAAACUUUAGAUGACAUACCAGAUUCUAGUCAUGAUGGAGAUAAUUUGGCAACUGGCUUCAAUGGAAGCACAUAUUUGAAGAAGUCUGAACCUAUUGUAGUUCAAAACGAAGUAUCAGAUCAGCAAGAGCAUCUCUUCACUACAGAUCCCAUAGACUUGACCAAUAUUAGUAGUCAGGUGAUUAAUGAAGAAAUAGCUUAUGAUGGUGCUUGUUCUAAAGCUGACCAAGAAAGCAUAGUUGUAACAUUACCUUGUGAAAAAACUAAUACAGAUACGAGCAAGAAAGAGUGUGUGAUAUCUGAAUCUUCCAUAAUGGACACUGCCGAUGAGAAUCAUACACACGAACCAAAUUGCGACGAAAAUGUUCUGAAUGAACUUACUUCUAAAAUCGGUAACAUUGGGAUUGAAGAUGGUGAACAUCUGUCUGAAGAACAUGUUGGUUCAGAUUCUUCUUUAGACAGAAGACAACACGAAGUCCCUAAUGUUAUCAUUUCUAAUGAUGUUGAUGAUAGUAAGCCUAUUUAUGAAGGAGCGGAAUGCAUAUUGGAGUCAGCUAUAGCAGUUAAUCAAAUUCGCGAGCCUGUAUAUGAAGGGGAGGCAGUUCUUUCAGAACAAGUUGAGAAAAGUAAAGAAGAUUCCAAUAAUGGAAUUUCCACAUGCAAAAUAAAUCGUGAACAAGGAGAGUUGAUCAAGAGCUUUUUGGAGACCAAUGCUAGUCAGUUAACAAUUCAUGGCCUACUUUCCCUACAAGACGGAUUGAAAGAAAGAGAGCUCUGUGUUUUUUUCCGCAAUAAUCACUUCAACACGAUGUUCAAGUUUGAUGGUGAACUGUACAUUUUGGCAACGGACCAGGGAUAUAUAAACCAGCCUGAUUUGGUUUGGGAAAAGCUAAAUGAGGUCAAUGGGAACUCAAUCUUCAUGACUGGCAAUUUUAAGGAAUUCAAGAUAGGCGAUCAAUCCGACAAUACAUGGAAUGAACUAGAUGUUUUGUCCAGUACAUCGACCUAUCUCGCCAGCAUUGAUCCGUCUGUAAAUGCAGAUCCAGACUUCAACUCUGAUCUGCAGUUAGCAAUUGCACUUCAGCAGCAGGAGUUUGAGGAGCAGCAGCCACAAACAAAUGUGGAACGACGAAAUUCUGUUACAAGUGAUUCAAGGUUGAUUACCGGACCUUCUCAUCAGGUUCCACCGCGAAGCUCUCAGGUGACUUCCAGGCCGGAACCAAAACAGUCAAAGGAAAAGUGUAGUAUCAUGUGAAAAAACACAAACAUGUUGAUAUAUCGAAUUAUUUUUCUUCUUCUCGUACAUAAAAUGUGUGUAUAUGAUAUAUCCAUCCAAAACACAGGCGAAGACUGAGAGGACUUCUUCGCUUCCAAAGGUUCCAAACUUCCAAAUUACGAUUAGUCGAUUACCCUUACUCGCAUUCCUUUUGGUUGUUUUGAUGUUUGGUCUAAUCGAUAAAGAUAACUUGUUCAGACUACCUAUUUACAUUUUUGUUUUUGCUAAUAAUAACUACUUACAAUAUAGAAUGAGUAUACAAUUCAGUGUUUUCUU